CUUCCCAAAGAAAAAGAACAAUCAAGGAAAUAAGGCUGAACAAGGCCAACCUUUUUUGACCGUUACCGUUACAAACACGAAUGUUAUCUCUCAACGUUAACCUUUUCCGAUAACAUCAACGGCGACAUCUCCCAUUCCUCGUUUCUUUAUUUCAGAGGGUUGCUAUAAUUCACAUGAGUGCGCAGGGAGCGCGCAGCGCACUUUUUUCUUUCUAGGAUCCGUGCAACCAAUAUUGUGUUACGUUUGCAAGACAUGUUUUCUUGUUGACAUUCUAUUAUCUUCUACAUUCUACGUUCUGCCCUGGACCGCCGUUCAUAUUACAAUUCUUUACAUCGAAUGCAUAGGACUGGAUAGGAAUAAUUGCCGACAAUUCAGGUCACCGCCUACUUAGUAUCGCCCACACAGUUUACAAUAAUUACAAACAACCUUUCGAGUACGGUGCAAGUUGAGACACUCAGGGACACUUAGACACACUUAGACGCACUUCGAUAUAUACCUCAGCUCGGGUAGCUGUGAUGCAGACUUCAAUAGCAGACGACGGCAUUACUCAACUUGACGAAGAGCACCACUAUCAUCGCAUAUAGGUUCCAUUGUUCGAAAUGUCGUACAGGCCUCAUCCUCUCCGUCAGUCAUAUACUGUUGACUACACAACCACCGGCUCUGUCAACCGUCAACUAUCCACCACUUCUUCUGCAUCGUCCGGUUACUCCAGCAAUUCUUUCAACUCCGACUCCUAUGAAUUCGGCCCACCCAGCACAGCCUCGUCAGUAACCUCGAACGGGUACGGCGCAUCAACUUUGGCGCACAAACGUGGUAAAAGUGAAGCUAUAAUUAGACAGCCCCCUCCUCCCCCUCGACGGUCAAGUGUAUAUGAUGAGCCCAAGACAAACCCCGAAACCAUGUACAACUUGGCUAGGCAAUCUUUGCGUCCCCUCCCACCGCCACCCGCUUCAGGACCGACCCCGAACAAAACACCACCACGUCGCGAACGCCAUGACCGUGACCGCGGGCAGAGCCUUGAUAUAGGCAGGCUUUCUAUUUCCGAAGAGAGAACUUCUCCCACUCCCACAAGCCCUAUAAGCCCUCUAAGCAAAUCUCCAAAUGCUCGACCAACCUCGAUGGUGCUCACUCGAAAUGAUUCCUUUCGCCCAAGUGCAUCUAGUCCCACGCUGCACUCCCCUCUUGCUAUGGUCCAUCAUCCCACCCUUGCCGCUCCCGACCUACAACAGCUUGGCCGCUCUUCCACCAACCAGCUGCGCACUUUAUCCAAGCUCGCUCAAGAUAGUUCUGCCGAAGAGUUUGCCAUCACUUCCCCAGCUCAAGAGGUGGUUGGUCUGCGUGGACGACGAAGAUUACAGCGGGCAGGCAAUGCGAAUGGCUCUAGGAAUGGCCAGCGCGGUGAUCGCUAUGGCUUUGAAGGGCGAAAUUGGAUGGACAAACAGAGACAAUUCCUUCAGGCGUACGAGUAUCUAUGUCACAUUGGUGAAGCCAAAGAAUGGAUCGAAGAUGUCAUUCAUCAGCAGAUCCCACCAAUUGUUGAACUAGAGGAAGCAUUGAGAGAUGGCGUUACCCUGGCUGAGGUAGUGCAGGCCCUGACUCCCACAAAACGAAUCCGUAUCUUCCGACAUGAACGACUCCAAGCGCGGCACUGGGAUAAUGUUGCUGCUUUCUUCCGAUACCUAGACCAAGUCGAGUUGCCUGAUCUCUUCCGAUUUGAGCUUAUUGAUCUCUACGAGAAGAAGAACAUCCCGAAGGUCAUAUACUGCAUACAUGCCCUAAGUUGGCUUCUAUUCCGAAAAGGCAUAGUGGACUUCAGGAUAGGCAACCUAGUUGGCCAGCUAGAGUUUGAGCACCAUGAACUCGAAGCUAUGCAGAAGGGCUUGGAUAAACUUGGCAUCAACAUGCCUACCUUUGGAAAUAUGGGUGCCGAUUUUGGCGUAGAGCCGGAGCCAGAGCCUGAACCUGAGGAGACCGAAGAGGAACGGAUUGAUCGUGAACUGUCCGAGAACGAAGCCGCCAUCCUCGACCUUCAAGCGCAGAUACGUGGCGCCCUGCUUCGAACGAAACUUGGCGACGUCAUGCAGCAUCUGUGGGACUCGGAGGAAUGGCUCAUCGAUCUCCAGUCGCGCAUUCGCGGUGAUUUCACUCGUCAAGUUAUGGGCUACAGACUUGAGAUGCGAAAGUUCGCCGUCAACCUUCAGAGUGCCGCCCGCGGAUUCCUAGUCCGAAAUAAGAUGGCGAAUAGAGAGAAUUUCUGGAAGAGCAAGGAGAAAGAUAUCACAAAACUCCAGAGUUUAAUACGGGCUAUGAAAGUCCGUGACGAGGUACGAGAAACUCGAUCUCAAUUAUCACGAGCGGAUGGACCUGUGCGAAGUAUUCAGGCUGUGUUUCGAGGCUAUCUGGCGCGCGAGAAGCUCAACGCCCAGCAGCAGGAGACGAGUCGCAUGACUGGUCCCGUAUUGGAGCUUCAGUCCGCGAUACGAGGCAUACUGGCAAGGGAAAGAGUUGGACAAGAUCUCUACCUCCUCGGAGAGGAGACCGAGGCUAUUACUGGCUUACAGGCUGCUGCCAGAGCCAUGCUAACCAGAAACCAGAUCCAUAAGCAACAAGAAGCACUCGCAAGCUUUGGACCCAAGUGGGAGUCAAUUCAAGCCUUUUGCCGUGGAAAUCUUCUUCGACAAAACGUCCAGGCAACCAAAGCUGAACUUGCGCAACACACUCCCGAUAUUGGGUCACUACAAGCUCAUAUUCGAGCUGCCGCUGUACGUCGGGACAUUACCGACAAGCUUGACGCUUUAAGCGAAAAUGAACCUUCAAUAAUCGAACUUCAGUCGCUAGCUCGAGGCAUGCUUGAACGACAACGUAUAGCUGCUGAUCUCGACUCUCUCGAAACCAACACGACGAGCAUUGUAGAUCUCCAAGCUAGGAUUCGUGGGUGCCUAUCAAGGGAACAGCACUAUUCGCUCCUUGAGGAACUUAAGUCCCAUGAGGAUGAAGUCAUCGAACUCCAAGCUCUCGCUCGAGCCAUGCUCCUCCGUAACGAUGUUGGCAUGUUGCUGAGCGAACUCGACGAGUAUGAAGAGCCUGUAGUAGAGUUGCAAGCCUUCGCUAGAGGUUUUAUGGUUCGGGCAAAGUUCGCGGAGAAGAAGAGACAUUUCGAAGAAAACAUGCAGAAGGUGGUCAAGAUUCAGAGCUUCGUCCGCGGCAAACUUCAAGGCGAAGCAUACAAAAGUCUCACGACCGGAAAGAACCCCCCGGUUGGAGCUGUGAAGAAUUUCGUCCAUCUGCUCAACGAUAGCGACUUUGAUUUCAACGAGGAAAUUGAGUUUGAGAGACUGCGAAAGACAGUUGUCCAGCAAGUCAGACAGAAUGAAAUGCUUGAGCAGUACAUUGAUCAACUAGAUAUCAAGAUUGCUCUCCUGGUGAAGAACAAGAUCACACUCGAUGAAGUCGUACGACACCAAAAUACCUUCGGUGGACACACGAGCAAUAUUCUAGCCAACGCUACCAUCGCAUCUGCCAACCAAUUCGACUUGAAGGCCUUGAAUAAGAGCUCGAGAAAGAAGUUGGAAUCUUACCAACAACUAUUUUUCAAUCUCCAAACCCAGCCACAGUAUCUAGCACGACUCUUCAGAAGAAUACGAGAAUUAGGUACAGCCGAAAAGGAGUGUAAGCGCAUCGAGCUCCUUAUGAUGGGGCUCUUUGGGUAUGCACAGAAGAGAAGAGAAGAGUAUUACUUGCUGAAACUCAUCGCGAAGUCGAUACGAGAAGAGGUCGAGGCUUGUACUUCCAUCCAAGAAUAUCUCCGUGGCAACUUUUUCUGGUCGAAGCUUUUAAGCCACUAUUCUCGAUCGCCACGAGACAGGAAGUAUCUUAGAGAUCUACUGGGUCCACUAAUACGAGACAACAUCAUCGAGGAUCCUGCCUUGGAUCUGGAGAGCGACCCGAUGCAAAUCUACCGAUCUGCUAUUAACAAUGAAGAGCUUCGCACCGGGCAACCAAGCCGGAGACCACUCGACAUUACCCGUGAUCUAGCAAUAAAAGACCCAGAGACGCGCGAGUUGUUCAUCGACCAUCUUCGAGACCUCAGAGAGAUCUCAGAUCAGUUCUUCCUCGCCUUAGAAGAUUUGCUACCCCGGAUGCCUUACGGUCUACGGUUCAUCUGCCAACAGAUGUUCGAGGCGUUGCGUCAGCGUUUCCAGCGCGAGCCUCAGCACCAUAUCCUUCAAAUCGUUGCAAACUGGGUAUGGCGCUUUUACCUACAGCCAGCAUUAGUCAACCCCGAACAGGUGGGUGUUAUUGAGAAGACUCUUAGCCCUCUCCAGAAGAGAAACUUGGGCGAGGUCGCCAAAGUUCUCGGUCAAAUCGCGUCAGGGCGUCCCUUCGGCGGCGAGAACAUCUACCUACAGCCCCUUAAUGCCUUCGUAGGAGAGUCGAUGGAGCGAUUUAACCAUAUUACAACCAAUCUGAUCUCCGUUGCCGAUGCUGAGAGCACCUUUGACAUUGAUGAAUUCAACGACCUCUACGCCAAGAACAGGCCGACUCUAUACAUUAAGAUGACGGAUAUCUUUGCCAUCCAUUCCCUUGUCGUGAAUGAGAUGCCUGCUGUCUGCCCCAACCGAGACGAUGUGCUUCGCGAGAUCCUGCAAGAUCUAGGAAGCGCAAAGAACAAUGAGAAUGAAAUGAACGCAGCUAGUUCAUCGGAUAUUCAAAUGUUCCUCACCCCGAAGCUUCAUGAUGUCGACGAUCCGGAAGCCGACGUUAAAGCUCUAUUUAUGGAGACCAAGCGCUGCAUCUUGUACAUUAUUCGUGUGCAGACGGGCGCUGAUCUCCUCCAAAUUCUCGUCCGCCCACCUACGCAAGAAGACGAGAUAAAAUGGCAGACGCUUCUACGAGACGACUUUGCAUCUGGCAAUAAUACCAAGGGGGCGUACUCGGACGUCAAUAUGGUCGACGUAACACGAAUGUCAUACUACGACAUGAAACGAAAUGCUCUGGAGAAUAUAAUGCACCUAGAACAAAUGGGGCGCAUUACAAAGAAGAAUUAUUACCAAGACAUCCUCAACGCGAUUGCACUCGACAUUCGCACCAAGAGUCGCCGCAGGAUACAGCGCCAGCGAGAGUUGGAGGGAGUGCGCCUCACCCUCGGAAAUCUACACGAGAAAGCCAAGUACCUAGAACAGCAGCGCAAGAGCUACGAUGAUUAUAUCGAGCAGGCUAUGUCUACGCUGCAGAAAAACAAAGGGAAAAAACGAUUCCUCCUCCCCUUCACCAAGCAGUACAACCACCAGCGAGAGCUUGAGCGUUCUGGCCGAGUUCCUAAGUUUGGCUCUUACAAGUACAGCGUACGUGCUCUUGCUGAGAAGGGUGUUGUCGUGUCGUGGCAAGGCGUCUCCGAGCGGGAUUGGAGCAAUAUCAACCUUACAAUCUCUUGCGACGAAGUCGGCGUGUUCAACAUCGAAGGUAGUCGCGGCCACAUCCAGAUUCCGGGUGCGAGCGGCCUUAUCCCGAUCGAGGAUCUUCUACAGGCGCAGUUCGAGUCGCAUCAGUUCAUGAACGUAUUUGAGGGCAACUUGAAACUCAACGUCAACCUUCUGCUGCAUCUACUGUACAAAAAGUUCUACCGGACCCAAUAAGUCACAGGAUUGGUGCUUUGCAGGAAACUUAGGCCGAGAUUUGGCACUGUAGUAUGGACAUAUGAAACGAGAGAUAUAAUGGAGUGAGCAGGGUAGGACGCGCGGUUCACGGGCAGGGGGAACAAACGGUGUUCUGCGAGGGUUGGUGUUACUCCCAUUACUGCGUUCAAGGCUUACGAAAGAUAUGUGUCGAUGGAAUUGGGAACUGGUCGGUUCAGGGUAUUGAAUCCCAGCUUAUUUCUACAUGAUUCUUGGUUACCUGUAGCCGGCUGCUGGAGGUUCUUCCAAGUUUGAUACCAGCAGUUACGAAUCCAGGUAGCAUACGUACUUUAGGUGCAUGAUGUUAUGGCAAUGAAAACUCGAUUAUAAUGGACGUGUUUCUCUUCUAGAUGUUUGGUGACAAGUGCUCUAAGUGGGAAUCUGAUAAGUUGACAGGAAGAAUUGCUGGCCAGAUAUGUACGAGCCCCUGAAAGCGACAUAUAUAACGAGCAUGAAUUAUAAUAAUGUCACUUCUACCCCUUAUUACCAAUAACUAGGUAGUCUCAUAGUAGAUUUACG